CCGAAUGAAUCAUUGUUUAUCGUGAUUUCUUACGUAGUUUCCUCAUGUUCUAGAAAGGCAAAAACACGCCGUGGGAAGCGAUUCUUGGAAAGUCGGCAGCCAAAAAUAGUGGAAAACGACAAAAAUGCAGUGAUUGUGAAAGGUGGAAAAACGAAUCAGACAGUGAGCAGUGCAUUAGCCGACCUGUAUGCCCUAAAGAAACCGCUUGCUUUACAUCUCAAAAGGCACAAUCCAAUCCAUCCAUUCGAAAACGAUGUGGACCUGGAGAAAUUCGCGAUGAAAUAUGAUGCAUCACUGUUUUUGGUUGGCUUUAAUUCCAAGAAACAUCCGAACAGUCUAAUUUUUGGCCGUAUGUAUGAUUACCAUGUACUGGAUAUGGUUGAGCUACAGAUCAAGAGCCUCGUUGAAUCAAAACAGUUCAAAACGGCUCGUGUGCCAGUGGGUUGUAAGCCAUGCAUAAUUUUGCAAGGUACGGAAUUCGAGAGCAACGAUACAAUGAAACGAAUUGGCAAUCUAAUGGUUGAUUGGUUUCGUGGUGCAAAAGUCGAAAAUAUACGUUUGCAAGGAUUGGAACUUGUGAUUUCACUGACCGCUAUCGAAGAUAACAUCCAUUUCAGAGUGUACAGGACACAACUGAAGAAGUCAACAGGUACACUGCCACGAGUGGAAUUGGUAGAAAUUGGACCGCGCAUUGAUUUUUCGGUUCGACGAAAUAAAUUUGCAAGUGAAAGCCUAUUCAGAACAGCUACGAAGCAGCCAAAACAACUUCUGGCAAAGAGACGGAAAAAUCGAUCAACCGAUGUGUUUGGAACGGAACUGGGACGUGUGCAUGUUGGCAAGCAAAAUAUUGAUGGCAUGCAAACGAAGAAAUUGAAAGCCCUGCGUGGUCCAAAAAACAAAAAGAAAUCUCAGGAGAGCUAA